AUGACACCACUCACCUUUCGUCUCGCAACACCGGAUGACGGCCCCUCGAUCCAAGACCUUGUCCAAUCCGCCUUCCGCGCCGCGGAUACCAGAAAAAACUGGACUGCAGACCUAGAACUCGGUCGAAAUUUCAGCGUCGAACUAGAAUCCGUUCUGGCUACUAUCAAGAAACCGAAUCGGGGUAUCUUGCUCGCUUUUACCGGUGUCACUGCUGGUACUGAUACUCUUCAAAGCGAAAAUGGAAGUGAACACCUAGUCGCAUCAGUCGAGAUAACAAAAAAAUCACCCAAGCGUGCCCGAUUCUCGCUUUUUGCUGUCCAUCACCAAUUCCAACAAGGUGGUAUCGGACGCCGCGUCUUGGCACAGGCGGAAUUAUAUUGUCAGGAGAAGUGGGGGUCUGUGAUCUUCGAGUUGGAUGCUUUGUCCACCAGAGAGGAACUUAUCGCUUGGUAUGAGAGACAGGGAUAUGAACAGACGGGCAUGUUGACUUCUUUCCCUGUGCAAAUAUAUCCAGAUUUGGAUUUGUCGCAUAAUUUAGCUUUUGUUGAGAUGGAGAAAUGUGUCAAACUUGAAGUUCAGGUUCAAGGUUGA